UUUUGACUUUCGACGUUGACAGCUCUGUCUAAAUUUUUUUUACUGACUUUUCUCUCCUUGCAAAAUUGUAAAUGGCCGCCGAAAAACCGGGUGUGAUUUUUGUAUUUUAAAUGAGCAAGUAAUAAUUAGUAGUUUAGCAAAUUAUUUAGUGAAAAAAAAGGCUGUCGAAAACAUUCAGUCAUGGCGGUGAAUGUAUACUCGACCAAUGUGACAACCGAGAAUCUCUCCAGGCAUGACAUGCUAGCCUGGGUGAACGAGUGCCUCCAAAGUAGCUUUGGGAAAAUCGAGGAGCUGUGCACGGGCGCCGCUUACUGUCAAUUUAUGGAUAUGUUGUUUCCAGGAUCUGUGCAAUUAAAGAGAGUGAAAUUUCGCACAAACCUGGAACACGAAUACAUACAGAACUUUAAAAUAUUACAAGCCUCCUUUAAAAAGAUGAGCGUAGAUAAGAUCGUCUCCAUUGACAAGCUAGUGAAAGGUCGUUUCCAAGACAACUUCGAAUUCCUGCAGUGGUUCAAGAAAUUCUUUGACGCCAACUACCGAGGAACCGAAUACAACGCUCUUGAGGCAAGAGAUAACUUGCCGAUGGGACACGGGGGCGCCAACGCACCCAAGGGCCAAGGGCUGAUGCAGCGUAAAGCAGUGGGAAUUGCGCAGCCUACGAUGCCGAUCAAAGCGCCUACGUCCAAGCCUGUGGGGCAUGCGCGAGCUAUGCCUAAAGCGGCUCCGAUAAGGACAGCGACCCCAGUGAGACCAGCUCCCAAUCGAAAUGCUGGUGACCUUUCUGGAAAAAUAGAAGAUUUGAACAAUCAAGUUUCAGAGUAUAAGGUUACUGUAGAAGGUCUUGAAAAAGAACGGGACUUUUACUUUGGAAAAUUGCGCGACAUCGAAGUGAUGUGCCAAGAGUGCGAGGACAACAACCCCCUUAUUCAGAAAAUAUUAGAUGUAUUAUAUGCGACGGAGGAAGGUUUUGCUCCCCCUGAAGAACUAGAAGGCGGCGCAGGAGAAGAAGACGAAUACUAAAAACCUAAUGUCUAGUUAAAGCAAAUAUUCGCAUAUAUUUUAUUUUUUUCAAAUAAAAUUUGUGCAUCGCCUAUUGAUAUUCGCCAAUGUUAAAUAAAUCUUGUAGCAACAUUAUUAUAAUUAUAUUUUUAUCAGCCAGUUAAGUUUAUCAAAACAUAAUUUUUACGAUAUGGUGUUGCUUUAAUUUUCUCCUAGUUAAAUACAUUUUACUGCUUUUAUAAUAAUCGAAUGUUAAGUUUUUUAUUUGUAUAAUUGCAGUAAAUUGAGGCCUUUGUGUUUUUUCGUUUUUGUCA